AUGAAUAAAAAUAAGUGUGUUUUGAGGGCAAUUGGAUGCAUUAUCCUGGCUAUUGGGGGAGUCUUUGGUUCUGAAUCUGAUUUAUAUGCAUCCGGCACUUUUGGUUAUGUUUCUGAAAAAUCUUCUUCACCUUCGUCAUUGGCUGCAGAUAACUAUGAUUCCUCAACUCCAGGAGAAGAUUUUCCAGGAAUUAUAGGCGGUUCAGAAGCAACCACUUCUUCAGGAUCUUUUGAAGCUGCUGGUUAUGAUAUGAGCAAACCAAGUAUACAGGAAGAUUUUGUAAGUGGUGGUAGUGGUGGUGAUGAUACUGUUGCUCAUUUAGAUUUGAGUGGAGAACCUAGUGAGGCUCUUAGUUCUGGGUUUCAUGAGGUUACUGCUGAUCCCUCUUUACUUUCACAGCAAAAGUUAAGCGAAUUUGUUGGGCGAUCAACAGAAAUUUCUAAGCCUGAAGAAAAGUCUUCAAGUUUGGGAUUUGUAAUUACAAAGAAUGCAGAGAUCGCUAUUGAUAACCUCUUCCCAACAGUAGAUUCCGCUAAUAUCCUCACAGUUAGUGACAUAUUAAAGUACCCAAGUGUUGAGCUUAAUGAUGAGAAAGUAUUAGUGAGCCAACUUAGCAACAAAAUUCACUAUUAUAAAGUUGAGCCUCCAAUGAUACAUGAUGCUACCUCAGGGCUGUCUACCAGUGAUCCCAGAGUUGAAAUUGGAGUGAAACCCAAAUUUGAAUUAUUUGUUGAAGAAAAUCAACCACGUAUGGAACGUAUCUUAAGGUUCUUAGACCUUAAUCAUUCUGAUUUGGUAGGCCAAGAAAAAAUUGAUUUGGCUAUUUUAUUGUUUUCUGUAGUUACUUAUGGUGAAUGCAAUAAAAAAUUGAAGGGAAUUAAUUCAAAUCUAGAAGUUGUUGAAAUGUGUAAUCAACUUUCCAGAGAAGAUAUUCUCACAAUACAACCAGAAGACCUACCAAAGAAUGUAAUCAAGGAAAAGAUUGAGCUUUUUAAACUUAGUGGAUUAGUUUUAUCUGUUCCAUUACCUUUAUUCACCAACGCAUCAGACUUGAAAUGGAGACAUGUUACAAACCCUGAUGGUAUUUACCAAGUAUAUAAUGGUGGAGCAAUUGAUGGUUUUGCUCAUUUAGACUUUCUUUACAAAAAAUUGUAUGAUAUUACCAAUUUUCUUUAUUACCCAGGAUUCCAGUUUAUGGAUGAUACCAGAUUAGAAUUGUAUUAUGGUUUGAAAGGAAUAAGAGUGCGCCUUGGACAAAUUGAACAAACCAGAAAGGUUAAGAAAGAUCUUUCAAAGGUGAUGGAUUUUUAUAACAAUUGGUUUAAAGGACCCAAAUUUAAGAAGGCAUGCUCACGGGAAUACAGUAAUGCUAUGAUUGCUAUGGCACCAAUCUAUGAUGCUAUUAGUGAAAUGAACAAAAUACUUAGAUCCGUUCAAAAUGAGAUCUCUACCAAUCCAAGAAUUCUUGAGGAGGAUUUUGUUGGAAUUCCAAAACAAGUACUUAUGAACAUUAAUCCCAACGAAAAAAAAUUCUUUUUAAAUAACAUUGUCCCAAUCUUUACUAUAAUAAAUAAUGGUAUUAAAAAAGGUAAGAUUAAGACAAUGAGAGCUGAAGUACUUCGUAUUCUUGCAAUUCUUGAGGAGAUUGAAUUUAAUUCUAAAGAAGUUGCUAGAAUCUUACAAGAUCUUCAAAAAUGCAUUAGGGGAUCUGGUAAUGCUUUUAAAUACGAACUCAGAUAUAUUAAACGUGACUUUUACAGGCUGGUUAGAGUUGUUAGAAAAAGUGAUCCAAAAUUCCCAUUCCCAUUUCCUUCCAGUCCAUUAUACAUUAAAGGUAGGAAGUUUGGGAUUAAAAACCUUUUCAGAAAGAAUUCUGCCAGAGCCAAGCUUGGGUACUAUCGAGAAUUUUUACCUUUUAAUAAGUCCGAGAAAGCUUCCAAGAAAUGA